AUGGAAAGUUCUAAAAAGAAUGUCGUCAUUACAGGAAUCUCUGGAUUCCUAGGCUCCUAUGUAUGCAAGAUUUUCUUAGAAUCAGGAAAGUACCAUGUCAGAGGCACUGUUAGAGAUAAACAUAAUGAAAAAAAGAUAGCUCCUCUAAGAAAAGCCUUUGGAGAUCUUUUUAAUGAACUGGAGUUAGUUGAAGCUGAUCUGAUGAAUGAUCAAUCUCUUGACUAAGCUAUUCAAGGUAUGGAUUUUGUUGUUCACACAGCGUCUCCAUUCCCUGGAGAAUAGCCAAAAGAUGAGAAUGAGAUCAUAAAGCCAGCAGUAGAAGGUACUAUGACUGUGGUGAGAGCUGCUCACAAGUACAGAGUCAAAAGAUUAGUAAUCACAUCUAGUAUAGCUGCCAUUAUGAUGCAAACUGAAGAGACCCAGAAAGAAUUUUAUACAGAGACAGAUUGGUCAAAUCUAAAAGGAUGUUAAGCCUAUGAAAAGUCUAAAACUUUAGCUGAGUAAGCAGCAUGGGAUUUUCAGAGAGAUUUACCUGACGAUGAAAAAUUUGAGCUGGUUGUUAUAAAUCCAGCAUUGAUUCUUGGUCCUAGCCUUGUUCAAUCUGAUUUCACCUCUGGCGUCAUCAUUCAGAAAAUAAUGGGAGAAAAGUUCCCAGGAAUGCCAAAGAUUAUGUUCCCAAUUGUUGAUGUCAGAGAUGUAGCUCUUGCCCAUUUGAGAGCGAUUGAAGUAGAGGAAGCUAAGGGAAAUAGGUUCAUUCUUAGUUGCAAAGGAGUCUGGUUUGUAGAAAUGGCUUCAGCACUUAAGAGUGAAUUCGGAAAAUUCUAUAAAAUUAAAGAUACAGAAUUGAGCUAUUGCACAAUAAAAAUUGCUGCUUUAUUUGACAAAACAAUUAAACUUAUCUUACCAUAUUGGGGUAAAACUCUCAACCUUAAAAACUAAAAAUCAAAAGAUAUUCUUGGAAUUGACUAUAUCUUCCCUCAAAAGAGUGUUAUCGAUAUGGCUCAAAGCAUGAUAGAUUCAGGGAUAAUCUAGAACAAAAUCAAGAAAUGA